AUGAAGUACAACACUGCCACCCUUUUCGCUGCUGCUGCGGCUUUGGUGUCCAUCACCUCUGCGUCUGACUCUGCCUCGGCUGAGUGCGAUCAUGAGCUCGGCAUUUGCCCCGUGCUGCCAGCCACUCCAGUGCAGAUUCCUCAAGACCAUGUUCUUGACGACCUUCCCCCUUGUGUUGAAAUCAUUGUCAGGCAUGAUAACUGCCGCAUUGACCCCGUCCGGAUUGGCCCAAUCACUUCAGUCAUUUCGGAUGCUUACCAUGAGGCAUCUGUUCAAUGCAACUGCAUCGGAACCGACUUCGCCGCCUGGCUUGACUGCCAGAGCUGCAUCCUCGAAUCAGGCCUUGCUGAGAACGACGUCAACCAAAUUUGGCUCCAGAUCUUGGCGGGGGCACAGUCACUUAUCUGCAACUCAUACCAGCCAACUGACCCCUACGGUCCUACCCAAACGACUCCCGCGCCUGUCUUCACUACUUACAACCCGAACACCACCACCACGUAUAAUUUCGGCCGUCCCACGCGAGCCCCCUUGGACGCCAAUCAGGUCCAACCUCAAGUUUCUUGCGCUGAAGAGGCCAGCAUGCAACAAGGCUUCAAUGUCACCACAGCUACAGCCUUGCCAACUCCGACUACCGCAUUGUUGCCCCCGGUGCUCACAGUCAGUGGAGCCUCCUCACUCGAAAUGCCUGGGCUGGCUUUGGCGAUUGUUGGCAGCCUUAUUCUUGGAAUGCUGUGA